GAUAUCGCCACGUGAUCCGGAUGAUAACUCUUAUCGGGUCCGCCCCGCCAUCUCCGUCCUGCUCCGAGGAACAACUUUAAUUUCUAGUGGACAAGGAUCUGCAGCAAGCUACAGCUCCGACCCUCGGCCAGUCUGCUUCAACGCAAUAAAAAUUAUUAGUUUAUACAGAAAUAUUUCGUAAAACAACACAGUCAGCUCCUAUUACAAACACUCAUACCAUUUCUCCGCCCUUUGAAGAUUUUACUUCCUCUUCUAAGUUCUGCAAUAUCUUGAAAUAGAGUUGUCUGGCUGCUCGACUUAUUCGAAUUGGCGAAGUGAUAGCGAGCUUGUUCUGUGAAAAGAGUAGGAGCAGGGAAGAUAAAUAUGUCUACGACAUUAGGGGCCUUUGUCGCUGGUGGAAUUGCAGCAUGCGGAGCUGUAACUGCAACUCAUCCUUUUGAAACAGUGAAGAUCCGCAUGCAAUUGCAAGGCGAGCUCCAAGAGAAAGGUCUCCAACCAAGACUAUAUAAAGGACCUAUUCACGGUGUCACAACUAUUGUGCGGAAUGAGGGUCUUGGGGGUAUAUAUCGAGGAAUCGGCGCUGCAUACAUUUACCAGAUGAUCCUAAAUGGAUGUAGAUUGGGAUUCUACGAACCUAUACGAGAGACCCUCACUGGCGCAUUAUUCGAUGAUUCAAAAACACAAAGUUUGGGUAUAAAUAUAUUUUCGGGCGCAACGUCAGGAAUAUUGGGUGCCGCGGCGGGAAGUCCAUUCUUCCUGGUUAAGACAAGGUUACAAAGUUUCUCACCACAAGCGCCAGUAGGCACACAACAUGGUUAUAAAAAUGCCGUGGAUGGAAUGAAAAAGAUUUAUACGACAGAGGGAGUAAAUGGACUUUACAGAGGGGUAGGGGCCGCCAUGGUUCGGACAGGUUUUGGAAGUUCUGUUCAGCUACCAACAUAUUUCUUUGCAAAGCGGAGACUUGUGAAACACUUGGGAAUGGAGGAGGGGCCAGCAUUGCACCUUGCAAGUAGUACAGCUAGUGGUUUUGUGGUCUGUUGUGUCAUGCAUCCACCAGAUACUAUCAUGUCGCGUAUGUACAAUCAAACUGGCAAUUUGUACUCGGGCAUUUUCGACUGCCUAGCGAAGACCGUCAAGACCGAAGGUAUCUUUGCUAUCUACAAAGGUUUCUUGCCACAUCUUGCAAGAAUUUUACCUCAUACUAUCUUGACCCUCAGUUUGGCGGAGCAAACCAACAAGCUUAUGCGGAAAUUCGAAAACAGAAUCCUUCCUGCGUCGAUAAAAGAGCAGGUAUAGACUUGUUGAUUAUACCUCAAAUUGGUUGGCA